UAACAUUGCUAACUGUCGCUGUCUUGUGAAACAUUGCGUUUUGUUCUGUCUAUUUCUAUUGAAUAUAAGAUUCAGAUGAAACAUUAACGUUGGAUCAAUGUACAAACAAUUAUUUUAAAGACAAUAUUGGAUUAAUUGGAAUAAUGCAAAAUAACAUCUAAGAUAUCAGACGUAUCCGACGGCUGAAAUAGGAUUACAUGCCGGGAAUUAAAUCUAACAAUGGAUUUUGUUCUUACUGAAAACGAAUCACUUAUAAGUGAAGGAAAUACCACUGAUCUAUUAUUUCAAGACCUCCAAUUGCCUAACAUACCAAAAUGGGGAUUCUGGACAAAGUUUCUUUCAACUCCAAUAAUUGCUUUUAUUGGUAUUGUUGGCAAUGUGUUAUCAUUUCUUGUCAUGAAGACUAAAACAUUACGUCAUAAAUCGUAUUCGCACUAUUUAUGUGCCCUCGCAGUGUUCGACACUUUGACGUUAAUAAUUCGACAAAUGGAAAGUGUAGAUGAAUAUCUCGUAUCACAUAAAAAGACAGCAGGAAUGUUUCAACAUUUUAAUGACAGCAGUUGUAAGUUGUAUAAUUUCAUUGUACACGUAAUCACAUUAAUGUGUUCAUGGCUAGUCGUGUUCAUGGCCAUUGAACGUGUUAUAGCAGUGUGUUUUCCGUUCAAAAAGGUCUACUUUCGGAAAGAAACCGGUGCAGCGGUAGCCAUUAGUGCGCUUUUUAUCAUUGUGAGUUUCACGCAAUCAUUUCGAUUUCUUAUGAUAGAGCAUAUUAUCUACGAUGAUGAAUACAAUAUCAGAGAUUGUCUGGCGUCUGAGGAAUACAUAGAAAUAUAUACCAGCUUGGAUGUGUACUUUUUUCUUUGGACACUCGUGUUCGUGCUACCCGUGAUCCUUAUAAUAAUUUGUAAUAGUUUUGUUCUUUAUCAUAUAUUCAGAGUUAAAAAAGAUCUCUCAAAAGAGGAGAAUUAUCUUACGUAUAGGAAUGGUAGAGCGCGCGAACGCAGACAUAGAAGCACUGUGAUGCUAUUAAUAGUAACAUUUAUGUAUAUUAUUACACUAUUACCAUUGUUCACACUUAGUUUAAUCGUUGACGUAACAAUCAAAGUCGGGUCACAGGAAAGAGCAAGAAACACGUACGUGGCAUUAAGACCCUACAUUGAUAUUUCUGUGUCUAUCUCAUUGCUAAAUUAUGCUUCUAAUUUCUUUAUCUAUGUACUAUCUGGAAAAAGAUUCCGAUUCGAGUUGCGGACACUGUUUGUCAAGAAAAAAGUUGUAAAAAGGAGUUUUACUGCAAGAAGUACAAAGGAAUUAUUGUUCAGACAAACAAGUUAAAAACACUGUCCAUGAGUUAGCUUAUUUAAUUAUUAUUAUAUACUAGUUACAGUUGAAGAACCAAAUUAAUGUGAUAUGUUGUUAUAUAUUUUUAAGCGCAAGAUGCAGCAUGUUAAUUUGACAGAAUUUGUAUUUGUUUUCAACUGUUCAUUUCCAAUGUUGUUCAAUUUUAUAAUAAAUAUUUAUC